AUGGCUGAGUGGCAACAAUUCGUUCAAUCUGUAUUCUUUGGUGUAAUUUUCUCUUUUUUACUCGCUAAAUUGUUCUCUGUAAUCUUUGCGUUCCGCGAUGAAAAUCUCCGAAUUGCCCGUUCUGCUUCACCGGAACCUGCAUCCAAGCCCGCAGAGGAAACCGUAACUUCGUUAUCUAGGGGUUUGGGAGAAAGCGAGCCUUUGAUCGUUGAAAAUGAGGGAUUAGCACGUGAGAGCUCGGCUGUUGGCGAUCUUACCGACAGUGACGAUGAUUGGGAGGGUGUGGAGAGCACUGAAUUGGACGAGGCAUUUAGUGCUGCCACGGCAUUUGUGGCGGCCACUGCAGCCGAUAGCGCAGCGCGGAAUGUGUCGAAUGAGGUCCAGUUGCAGCUUUAUGGGUUUUAUAAGAUUGCCACCGAGGGACCCUGUAGUGCUCCACAGCCAUCCCUGCUCAAGCCCACUGCUCGGGCCAAAUGGCAAGCAUGGCAGAAAUUGGGUGCUAUGCCUCCAGAAGAAGCAAUGGAGAAAUAUAUUGACAUUGUUACUGCAUUAUAUCCCUCAUGGGCUAUGGGAGCAACUAAGAACAGAGGCGAAGAGAGCAGUGAUGCACCAAAUGCAGGCUCCAAGGGACCUAUGGGACCUGUAUUUAGUUCCUUUAUAUACGAGGAGGAACCUGGAAGUGAAUUAAAAUUGGAUGCUAUACAUGCCUUUGCACGAGAAGGUGAUGAAGAGAAGUUGCUUAAGUGCAUUGAAAGCGGUGUUCCAGCUGAUCUGAGAGAUAGUGAGGGUCGUACCCCUUUGCACUGGGCUGUGGAUCGGGGCCAUAUAAAUAUUACAAAGUUGCUCUUGAACAAGAAUGCUGAUGUUAAUGCAAAGGACGAUGAAGGUCAAACACCGUUGCACUAUGCUGUUGUUUGUGAGAGAGCUGCCAUUGCUGAGUUACUAGUGAAGAACAACGCUGACACAAAGAUAAAGGAUAAUGAUGGCGACUCUCCGUGUGAACUUUGUGAGUCAAGCUGGCCUUGGAUGCAACAAGCUAGCACGAGCGCUGACGAUUAA